GUGUAGUGGUUAUCCUGCGACGAAUAUGAUUGUUGACAGGUCGAACUACUGACAUUAGGCAAUUAUUCGUUUGUUCUUGACUAGUCUAUUGUUAAGCCAAUGUCAGUAUUAUUAUACCUGCCCAACAAUGAGUUUAGUGUACGGGUAACUUAGCAGAAAGGUUAGGUGAUGUUUAACAGCGCGUCUUCAUAAAAGAAAAGAAAAGAGAAAAGGACUACGAUGUUGCAUCGAUCCUACAAAUUUCUGAACUUCAUUCGGAGCACAAGUAUUCGAUGCAACGUCGAUCGGUUGGGCGUAUACCAGGUUGAAUUUAUCAGAAGACACGCCAGUAUUUUUAUAAUACCCAAAUAUGGCACUCGGUACAAAAUGUGCAAGUUCACAAGUUCUCAAAGAAUUCUCAUUAAUGGGAAAGUGGACAAGUAUGAUGAUCGGAGAUCGAUCUAUACGACGAGAUUUUUAUCCGAUGAUGCGAAGACUAAGAAGGACAAGUCUGAAAAAAUAGUUGGGGAUUCCCAACAGAGAAUAAUAGAAUUAGAUGAAGAGAAACUAGGUAAAUUAAAGGAAAGAGUAUUAGAUAUAGAACCAAUUAGUCCAGUUGACAAAAGCAGAGUAGAGACUGGGGAAACGGCGAAGCUUGCCGAAAAGCAGUCCGCGGAGUCCAAAGAAUCAUUGAAAGACGAUGUUUUAGAUACACUGAAGAAAGCGAAGAAGAAGAUCAGAGUUGACAAGUCGACAUCUUCCUUGGAACGUAACUUUAUCACACCUGUGAGAGCUAUGUCCGACUUCUUGUUGAAGCCCACUGACUUGGAGACUCUGCCAAAAACCAAGAGACGCUCACCCUACGAGCUCGAGCCACCCAUCACGGUUUACUGGAGGAAGGAUGUUGAGGCCAAAGCGUUAGAAGUGUGGGGUUCGCGGGAGGCUUUGCUGAAGGAGAUCCUGAAGAAAGAGGUCGAGCGGAAGAUCUAUCAGCAAAAUGUCUUCACGGUCAAGCGAAGGUUGAGGGAUUACAGGCGAGAGAUCGGCAGCAAGACGGAAAUAAUCCAGAAGGAAGGUCUCUUCGGCAGAUCCGGCAAAGUGGUGUUGACCGCAGUAGCGAUAAACGCCAGCAACUUCUUCUGCAAAUUGGUCGCCUGGUUGUACACCGGCUCGCACAGUAUGUUCUCCGAGUGCAUACACUCCGCGGCGGACACGUGUAAUCAGCUGAUUCUCGCGUACGGUAUUCACAAGUCGGUACAGAAUCCCAAUCCCGACCACCCGUACGGCUACACGAACAUGAAGUAUGUUUCCUCGCUGAUAUCGGGCGUAGGUAUCUUCUGCGUCGGUACCGGUCUCUCCGUCUACCACGGGAUUCACGGGCUCUUGUUCCCCGAGUCACUGGAUUCCCUCUUCUGGGCGUACUUCGUCCUGGGCGGAUCCCUGCUCUCCGAAGGCGCGACAUUAAUGAUGGCGUUGCAUUCUGUGAGGAAGGGCGCGGAAGAGAAGAAAGAGAGCUUCAAGCAGUACGUCCUGGAAGGGCAGGAUCCAUCCGUGAACGUUGUACUCAUGGAGGACUUUGCAGCCGUACUCGGCGUGAUCGGUGCGGCCGGAUGUAUGGGUUUGACUUCGUAUUUAGGGAAUCCGAUGUUCGACGCCAUCGGUUCGCUCCUGGUCGGCGGCCUCCUCGGCGGAGUGGCAUCUUUUAUUAUUUACUCGAACGUCGCCGCCCUCGUAGGCAGAAGUAUUUCACAAGAGAAUCUCGAUAAGAUCAAUGCUGAAUUAGAAGCGGAUAUAAUGGUCCGCGCCAUACACGAUGUGAAAGGCAUCGAUAUGGGCAAUAAUUUAGUAAGGUACAAAGCCGAAUUGGAUUUUGAUGGGCGGGAACUAACAAGAUCUUACCUAGACAAGCAUGAUCUUGUCACGAUGCUAGAGGAAGUAAAGAGUAUGCAGAAUAUCGAUGAAUUAGAAACCUUCCUACUGAGACAUGGCGAAAAUAUCGUAGACAUGCUUGGUGGGGAGAUCGAUAGAAUAGAAUUAAAGCUGAAGAAAAAUCAUCCCGAGAUACGGCAUUGUGAUUUAGAAAUUCUAUAAGCAUUCAUCAAGAUGAUUUUCUAAGUUCAAUUUAGGUGAAAAUCGAUGUAAAAUAUUCAACUAAAAAAUAUAUAUAUAUAUUUAAUAUA